GGCCGGGCCGGGAGGAGGAGGAGGUGGCGUUCCGUUAGUGGCGUUGGGUUCUGGCGGCGGCGGUGGUGCUAUCUCCUCUGCGCACGGGGAGCCGUUCAGGCUGGAGGCCAGCCAGCUCUUGCCGCCACCUCGGUCGCGAUGGGGGCGCAGGACCGGCCGCAGUGCCACUUCGACAUCGAGAUCAACCGGGAGCCGGUUGGUCGUAUUAUGUUUCAGCUCUUCUCAGACAUAUGUCCAAAAACAUGCAAAAACUUCCUUUGCCUAUGCUCAGGGGAGAAAGGCCUUGGGAAAACAACUGGAAAGAAGUUAUGUUAUAAAGGUUCUACAUUCCAUCGUGUGGUUAAAAACUUUAUGAUUCAGGGUGGGGACUUCAGUGAAGGUAAUGGAAAAGGUGGAGAAUCCAUUUAUGGUGGCUAUUUUAAAGAUGAAAACUUUAUUCUCAAACAUGACAGAGCGUUCCUUUUGUCAAUGGCAAAUCGAGGGAAACAUACCAAUGGUUCCCAGUUUUUCAUUACCACAAAACCUGCACCACACCUGGAUGGGGUGCACGUUGUCUUUGGACUGGUUAUUUCCGGUUUUGAAGUAAUUGAACAAAUUGAAAAUCUGAAAACUGAUGCUGCCAGCAGACCUUACGCAGAUGUGCGAGUUAUUGACUGUGGAGUACUUGCCGCGAAAUCAACCAAAGAUGUUUUUGAGAAGAAAAGAAAGAAACCAACUCACUCAGAAGACUCGGAUUCCUCUUCCAAUUCCUCUUCCUCUUCAGAAUCAUCUUCAGAAAGUGAAAUUGAACAUGAGAGAAGCAGGAGGAGGAAACAUAAGAGGAGGCCAAAAGUUAAACAUUCUAAAAAAAGACGAAAGGAGGCAAGCAGUUCAGAAGAGCCAAGAAGUAAACAUAUAGUGAGCCCAAAAGGUUACUGUGAGAAGAGUGAGACCAAUGGAAAAAGGUCAGUGGAUUCAAGUACUAAAAGGGAAAAGCCCGUGGUCCGUCCAGAAGAGAUUCCUCCAGUGCCUGAGAACCGGUUUUUACUGAGAAGAGAUGUGCCUGUCGUCCCUGUGGAACCCGAACCGAAGAUUCCUGAUGUUGUACCUGUUGUGAAUGAUCAGAAACCAUCUGUGUCCAAGUCUGGUCGGAAGAUUAAAGGAAGGGGCACAAUUCGCUAUCACACACCUCCAAGGUCAAGGUCCUGCUCUGAAUCGGAUGACGAUGACAGCAGUGAAACUCCUCCACACUGGAAAGCAGAAAUGCAGCGGUUGAGGGCGUAUAGGCCACCAAGUGGAGAGAAGUGGAGUAAAGGAGAUAAGUUAAGUGACCCCUGCUCAAGCCGAUGGGAUGACAGAAGCUUGUCCCAGAGAUCCCGAUCAUGGUCCUAUAACGGAUAUUAUUCUGAUGUUAGUACAGCAAGACACUCUGAUGGUCACCAUAAAAAACGCAGAAAAGAGAAAAAGGUCAAGCAUAAGAAGAAAACAAAAAAGCAGAAACACUGCAGAAGACACAAACAGAUGAAGAAAAGGAGGAUUGUUGUACCAUCUGACAUAGAGUCCUCCAGGUCUUCCACUCGAAGAAUGAAAUCCUCUUGUGACAGGGAAAGGCGGUCUCGUUCCUCUUCAUUAUCAUCUCAUCGCUCGUCAAAGAGGGACUGGUCCAAAUCUGAUAAGGAUGACCAGAGCUCCUCGACCCGUUCCAGCAGAGACUCCUACAGAUCGAAAUCUCACUCACGAUCUUACUCUAGAGGAAGCUCAAGAUCAAGGACUGCAUCAAAGUCCUCAUCGCAUUCUCCAAGUAAAUCCAAGUCCAGAUCUAGUUCCAAGUCAGAGCACCAAAGGACAACCUCCAAGUCACCCAGGAGAACAGUUUCUCAAUUAAGUGAAAACAAACCAGUUAAAACAGAACCUUUAAGAACAACAGUGCCACCAAAUGAAAACGUUGUGGUGCAGCCAGUGGUGGCAGAAAAUAUUCCUGUAAUACCAUUGAGUGACAGUCCCCCUCCUUCAAGGUGGAAGCCUGGACAGAAGCCCUGGAAGCCAUCUUAUGAGCGAAUUCAGGAAAUGAAAGCUAAAACAACCCAUUUGCUGCCCAUCCAGAGCACUUAUAGCUUAGCAACUAUUAGAGAGACUGGUAGUUCAUUAUCCUACCAUAAAAGAGAAAAGAAUUCUGAAAGCGAUCGGAGUGCUUAUUCGAAAUACAGUGAUAGAAGUUCAGAAAGUUCACCAGGGUCCAGGAGCAGGUCUUCCAGGAGUAGAUCAUAUUCCAGAUCAUACACCAGGUCACGUAGUCCAGCUAGUUCACCUUCAAGGUCCAGGUCCCCAUCAUCUAGAUCUCAUUCACGAAGUAAGUACAGCGAUCAUUCACGGUGUAGCAGAUCAUCUUCAUACACCUCUGUUAGCAGUGAGGACAGAAGACGAGCCAAGAGGAAAUUUAGAUCCAAUGGGAAAAGACACACUUCACAUAAAAGAUACAGCAGCAGUUCUGAAAAGACACUUGGCAAUAAAUAUAUCCGAGGCAGAAACAAAUCCUCACGUCAGAGAAAGUAUAGUGAAAGUAGGUCAUCUUUAGAUUAUUCUUCAGACAGUGAGCAGUCAAGUGUUCACGCUGCACAGUCAGCCCAGGACAAAGAGAAAAAGGGCAAAAUGGAAACAGGCACUAAUAAACAAAAAAACAGAGAUGAAGAGAAAUCUAAGCCCGAGCGAGAAUGCUCUCGGUCAAAAAAAAGGACCUUGAAAGAGAGUGUUUCUGACCACUUUAGAAAUGGCAGCAAGCCCAAAAGGAAGAGUUACGCUGGGAGCAAAUGGGACUCGGAGUCUAAUUCAGAGCGAGAUGUAACCAGAAAGAGUAAGAACGACUCCCGGCCGUCUUCUGAUAAGGAAGAAGGGGAGGCCACAUCAGAUUCUGAAUCCGAGGUGAGCGAAGUUCACAUCAAAGCCAAACCCACACCAAAGUCUUCAGCAAACACUUCACUGCCUGACGGUAAUGGUGUUUGGAAACCAAGCAAACAGCGGUCAUCAACUUCUGAUUCUGACGACUCCUAUUCCGAUUCAGAAAACAAUAAAGGAAAGGCACGGAAGCAUAAACGUGGGUCAAAGGAAAAUCCUAAACGGGAACACACCAGAAAACUGAAAGAGAAAUUGAAAGGGAAAAAAGAGAAAAAGCACAAGGCUCCAAAGCGCAAACAAGCCUUUCACUGGCAGCCUCCACUAGAAUUUGGUGAAGAGGAGGAAGAGGAGAUUAAUGAAAAGCAAGUUACCCAGGAGUCCGAGGAGAAGAAACACGUUUGUGACAAUAGUGAAACCAUACAAGGUAAUCCUGCGAAAACUGAGAAAUCCUGUGAUGAGGGCAACCUUCCAGGUAACUGUGGCACGGCGGCUGUCGCAUCGGAUCGUGACCAGCUUACUAAAGAUGAAUGCAAACCCAGCGUUUCUCCCAGUGCUGGACCUGCGGAGGGAAAUGCAGCCAGUUCUCCCCCAGACAUCCGGCAGAGUGAGAGAAGUGUCCCGAGUGGCGUGGAGGACGUGCUUCAGACAGAUGACAACAUGGAGAUUUGCACGCCUGAGCGGAGCUCCCCAGCCAAGGGAGAGGGGGCUUCCCCUCUGGGAGACCCAGGGCUGGACAGCCCAGAGAGAAGUGCUGUUCUGAAGCAGGAUGUGCAGAGGGACCGUGCUGAAGCAGAGGGGGUGAAAGAGGAAAGCAGCGUGUCUGAAGGCAAAGCGGUGGGGGAGGCAGAGAAACAGGACAGCGGCUCUGCCGCUUUGGGCAGCGCAGCAGAAAAGACUGGCAAGAAGGAGGAGGCCGAGAAGAGCCAGGCCAACCUCCCGGAUAACAAAUGGAAGCCUUUGCAAGGGGUGGGCAACGUGCUAACACCUACUGCUAUGACUUCCACUGCCGUGGAUGUUAAAACAUUGACUGCUGUGCCUGAAGUGAAGCCACAGGGCUUGAGAAUAGAAAUUAAGAGCAAAAACAAAGUUCGCCCUGGGUCUCUCUUUGAUGAGGUAAGAAAGACAGCCCGCUUAAACCGGAGGCCAAGAAAUCAGGAGAGUUCAAGUGAUGAGCAGACACCCAGUCGGGAUGGUGAUAGCCAGUCAAGGAGCCCAAGCAGAUCGCGAAGUCAAUCGGAAACCCAAUCAAGGCACAGGACAAGGUCUGUCUCCUACAGUCAUUCAAGAAGUCGAUCAAGAAGUUCCACGUCUUCUUAUCGGUCAAGAAGCUACUCCAGAAGUCGGAGCCGAGGGUGGUACAGCAGAGGCCGAAGCAGAAGCCGGAGCAGUUCCUACCGCAGUUACAAAAGCCACAGGACAUCCAGCAGGAGCCGAUCUAGGAGCAGCUCGUAUGAUCCCCACAGUCGGUCCAGCAGGUCCUAUACUUACGACAGCUACUAUAGCAGGAGUCGGAGUCGAAGUCGAAGUCAGAGGAGUGACAGUUACCACCGCAGCAGAAGUUACAACAGGCGGUCCAGGAGUUGUAGAUCUUAUGGCUCUGACAGUGAAAGUGACCGAAGUUACUCUCAUCACCGGAGCCCCAGUGAAAGCAGCAGAUACAGUUGAAAACGUCUGUUUUUUGAUACAAAUUCUAACUUUAUUUGUAAAUAUCUGGUAACUUAAAAGUUUGAGAAACUUCAUGGAAGUCUGUUGUUCUAUUUCAAUAUUAGAGGUGAAUUGCAGAAGUAGACACUUCUUGUUAUUCAUUUACAUCUGCACAGAAAAAUUUAAAAUACAGGUAUCUCCUAGAACUAUUUUUAUGCCACAUUUUACAGUAGCCAACUAUGGAAGUGAAUUUCGUUUUCUUGAAUCAAGAAAUUGUGAAAUGUACCAAGUAUAAUUUGCAAUAUUAUCUUAGGUAGACUUUCUCUCCAUCUCUUGUAUUCCUUAGAAUACAGAUGCGUUUUGCCCGUUUUUCAGGUUUUAGCAUAUAAGCUGCCAAGCGUAGGACUGUGAAGAUCAGUCAUACCCAUGUCCUCCCAAAACGGCCCCCGGGGUCAGCGCCCGUAGUGAGGAGCACACGGCAGGGGCUCUGGGCUUCUUCACUCCCUCCUCACUGCUUAGCAGUCAGAGGAUCAGGAGUGCGGACAUCAGGCCGCCCACGGUCGGCCUUGCCUCUCAGGCUGUGGGUGAGGCUGUGAAGAGUUAAGCCUGCCUUAACUAGACAUACGUGCAACGUCUCUGAGGACUUACUGUUUUAUGUGCUUUUUAAUAGAUACUAUCACAAGUUUGGGUUGGAAAACAUCCUCUUCCAGUUGAUGCUUUGGUGCUUGGUACCUUCGGGUGCCCCGGUGAGCAUUACUCUUGUAUACUGUACGUCAGAGUUCAUCAGACACAACGGGGAUUUUUUUUUUUUUUUUUAAUUCACUGGCACCAAAAAUGGUUUCUUCUGAGCUGUCUUCACUUUGACAGUUUGGGGUGCUUCUCUCAAACACAGCUGUGGUUUGGUUCUCCCCUAAGCAGGCAAGAUUGGCGGUAGGGAAUGUGGCCACUCAGGUCUGCUGCCUGUCUGUGCUCCUGGAGGAGUGGGUUGAAGAGUGCGCAUCAAAGUAACAGCAGAAGCGAAGUGCCACCUCGUGGAGAGUUUGCAGGCCUUUCCUCUUCAGUCUGUCAUGUAAGGGACACACCACCUCAGCAGUUCCUGCUGUCACCAGCAUGGUUUUCCUGAUUCCACCACGGCUCCCAGCCAGGGAAGCCUUGCCUGACCCCUGUGCACCCAGGAGCAGAGCGGGCAGGGUGCUGUGGUCCUUACGUAUCUUCAUGUCUUUGGGCGGGGCCUCCAGAAAUAAGUUGCCCUGUAAAAUGUAGUGUAUGUGUGGUUUUUUACUCUUCAGUGUUUUGUCCCCAAGUGUACUUAAUCACCUUAGUGCCAGCUUGAUGCAGUUAUGCAGAAGUUUAUGUGGAUGUCUGACACACACCUCGGCACCAUUCCGCCCCAGGCCUUGCUGGGGAGCACUAGGGAAGUAGAAGAGAACCCUCUGGGUCGGGGGUGGGCUGACAGCCUUGACGGAUGGAGGGGUGACUGUCACCCGGACAACGAAUGUAAACAGGGUUAGGUGGGCAGUUGCUUGCCAAGUCACCGAAGACUUAAGUUGGAAGCCAGGACUGAGUCAGAGGGUACUUGUGGGCACGCAGGUCGGAGUCUGACUCACCUGCAGGGUUUUCAGAAGUCGCCUGCGGAGACUACUGCUUUACCCCUACUCAGCUGGAAGACAGGUAUUCAGAACCCAAACAGAAACGCCAAAUCUAAUCAGGUUAGCUGCGUUACCCCUGGGCAGUGCACUAGCUUUUUGUUGCUCUAUGAGGAAUUACCCAACGUGCAACAGUUCAGAACACCACCCAUUUAUGAGCUCACAGUUGUGCAGCUCUUGGGUCUGGCAUGGGAUGGCUGGAGUCCCUCUGCUCAGGGUCCCACAGGGUGGAAAUCCAGGGUUGGCUGGUAGCAUUCCUUUAUGGAGGCACUGGGCAAGGAUCAGUUUCCAGACUCAUUCAGGUCACUGGCAGAACUUAGUUCUCUGCUGGCUGGCAGUUGGGGCGUGGGGUGGUUCCGGGCCCCUCACAGCUGCCUGCAGCCCUGCUCUUUCUCAUGCGUCAGAUCCCUUUCCUCUCUGUUUUCAGAGGGUCCAUGCCAUUAGAUCAAACCCACAGAGGUCAGUUGUGCCAUAGAACAUAACAUAAUUGCGGGGAAGAGCGCUCAUCAUUCUCACAGGUUCUGGGGAUUAGUGCGUGGAUGGGUGAGGGGCACUGCAGAAUUCUCCACAGGCAGUCACCACCUGUGCCCAUCUCGGCUGCGCUGGGCCCUCACCCUGAAAAGGACGGCCCUGGAAGCCUCUUUGUUUCUGCAGGGGGGAAGGCUGGCCCUCAGCUGCAGCGGCCACUUGUGUUGACUGACAUGAACUGCAGGAACAGCUUCUUCCAAAAGGCGAUUGUUCUGCAUUGUGAAGUUAUUUUUUAAUAAAACUGAAUUAUGUUGUGUAUUGUGCUUAAUAGAAAAUGCAUUAAUGGACUGUUUUUGUAAUGUCCUGUUUACUGAUGAAAUAGCCAGUAUUGUUCGAAAACUAGAAAAUACUUUCGUACAUAUUAGCAAUGUCUACUUUGUAUACACUUUACUUCAGCUUCCCCAAGACUUGAAAGGGGACCUUGUAGAAAUUAAAGUAUUUGGUCCAACUCUU